CUGGCUCUAGUCACACUGUUUCAUCAGACGUUCUGUUAUGACUGUCAACGGAAACCGUAAAUCCACGACUAGCUGUAGCGAACAAAAUCCUAAGACGUGCGCAUACUUGAGACGUUCUGAGGGGCGGGCGGCAACAUCACAUCGAAACCAUCACACCGGAAAACGCUCCAAUCUCUAGCUUUUGCUCUCAAGUUUGUUCCGCUAAACGACGGCCCUUCGAAUCUGGAGUUUACCAGAGUCGUCAUUGAGUGGGCCAUCUAUGAAGCAUGGAGCAAGUGGACCACACUACAGACACCUCAGGAGAUGGACCCACCAGGAGACCGCUGCCUGCGUUGAAGGCUCCGUCCACCUGGACGUCCGAGUCCCUGCAGGAGGUGAAGAAGACGCUGCAGCAGGACAAGGGCGCGGUCGUCAAGGUCUACCGCGGCAACAUCAUGACGGUCCACGUGCCCACGCUGGACGAGUACAAGCGGGUGUGCUGGGAGUUCGCCACGGACAACUACGACAUCGGCUUCGGCAUCUACUUUGACUGGUCACCCGUCACCAGCCAGGACAUCACGGUCCACAUCAGCGAGUCGAGCGAUGACGAGGAUGAGGAAGAGGAGCACGAAGUUCCUACGAAUGUUGCCGAUGUCGAGAGAGGACGUAAAAUGUCGGCCAGCAACACAAACACAAACUUGGGAGAGAUCCUUCCCAUGUACCGGCAGGACAGCCACCUGGCCGUUCAGGGGGGCAGUCACGAGUUCCCAGGGGAGGGCACAUAUCUUAUCAAGUUUGACAACUCCUAUUCCCUCUGGCGAAACAAGACUUUGUAUUACAGAGUGUAUUACAGUAACUGAAGAAGACACAUGCGCGUGCUGCAGCAGGACCCACGAUAUACCUUGACAUGAUUAUUAUGAAUUGUUUGCUGUUUCCAGGCCAUUCUGAAUAAGCACAGUUAAUCAUGUGUCACACCUCUUCUUAUUAUGACCAAGUGCCUCUACAAAGCAGACUUGUACGAAAUUCCGAAUUGAAUGAAUUGAAAUUAACAGUAAUGCCAUAAUAUGAACACUAGGUGGUGGUGUUCUAUGUACUCUCAACAGGUGGUGUAGAUUAAAUUCAAAGAAAUUCAAGGUAAUGACACCACCUAGUGUUCGUAUUAUGGCAUUACUUUGAAUUUCAAUUCAUUCAAUUCGGAAUUUCGUACAAGCCUGCUACAAAGACAAUUUUAGCCAGUUUCACUACAGGUCAGUUCACGUGUUGUGUUCUAAUGUCCAAUAAUGUUCACUUCAGUUUUCAAUAUCCUAUAAUGUAUAUCUCGUCUGUGUUGUGUUUUUAUAUUUAUUUCAACUUUUUAUUUUGAUAUUACAAAGAUGUAAUGAAUCAUUUGUCACUUCCACUGCAGCUUUUCAUUCAAAAAAUGUCAUCGCGCCAUCCAUUAAUGUGAGUGGGCAGACCAAGCACCAAGCCACUGGGUUCAUUCGUGAUGAAGCAGUCAUGCUUUUGCUAGGCAGCACACAUGUAGCCAGGCCAUUCCCUCCUAGUGACGCAACACCUUCAGCAUUUGCUUCUAGUCAGGCCAAGAGCAAUGUAAAUAUCGGUUCUGAUCUCCAGAAAAAUUGUGAAUCCCACCCACUUUGUCAGAGACCAGUCAACCAGUAGCAAACCUAGGGAGGCAGGUCAACCAUGCCAUUUGGGAAAUGUAAAUUGUUAUGCUCUCGGUCAGACCAAGUCUCGAAGAGAUUUGAAAGUUGAUGAUAAUCAGGCUAGCACGCAUUGCCAGUUUGAUGCAUUCUGGUAAAAACCAGAACUGGCAAACUGGCAAAGUAUGCAUGCUCGCUGCCUAGCAAAAGCCUUCAUAAUGAACGACCCCAUUGAAUAGCGAAUAGAGUGUCACGCCCCCUCCAUGGGGACCAAAGAUUGAACAACAAGAAUGGGACUCAAGGGAGAGACCUUUUUUGGACUCCCGUCCUUUGUGGGUUAUUUUUUUUUUUUAGCUCUGGUCCCUUGGAGAGGUGUAACAGCAGCCACAUUAGUGACAGAGCAAAACUAAGCCUAUUUUAUAUGUGUUGAGAACUCUGCUCAGUGGCAGCGAUCUCUUAAAUACCUGUGUGGACAUCACAGCUGCUGCUGCAGAUCGUCCUUAUCAAGAACACAGCUUUAAAAGCUCUGCGUUUCUACUCUGGGAUGCAUUUCUCGGAACCAUAGUUGCAAACUACGUUAGCUACUUUGUUGUUUGCAAUGCCAUUUCCCAUUGCCCACAAACCAAGUUAACACCUACGCUUUCGAGAAAUGCACCACUAGUUGGUGUAGCUGGGAAGGGUUAUGGCUGAGAGGGACUGUUACGGGUGGACUUGGCCGUCUGUGAGUGGUUAAUCUGGGCCACAGUAGCAGCCUACUGGCCCCCAGUCACUUAAAGCAGUGUUUCCCAACCUUUUUUGUCUCGCGUACCCCCUAAGCCUCUUAGUUGUGCCACGAGUACCCCCUAAUUCAUGUUCUAUAUUGCUUUCUCUGUCCCAAUGUAACUAAGCUCCAUAUAUUUGUUAAAGUUUCAUUUUUCUAAGUACCCCUGCAGUGUGCUCGCGUACCCCUAGUGGUACAUGUACCCCUGGUUGGGAAACACUGACUUAAAGGCUAGUGGCAACCUGCCAAAAAAGGGCUUCAGUUACUGAAACACCCCUUGUGGAGGUUUCAAUUCAUAAAAUGCACAGAAAAUCAUAUUCCACCAUGGCAUGUACAUCUAUUUCACAUUGCAAUGUGUUACAUGUACUCUUCAAUGUUUGUGUUUCAAGUAUAUUUGGUUCUCUAUAUGAUUUUUAGAAUCCAAGAUAAAGGCCUUUUAAAUGUCCGGUUUUGGCCCACGUUGGACUCGGAACUUUGUGCACAGGCUGGGAAACCAGAACUGCACAGAUAAUAUUAUAUUCGAUUUUAUUUUCCAGUGCAAUGUUUUACUAUGGUUUUUAAAUUAUUGAAUUAUGUCGAACACAAACUGAAGACGACAUGCCAUGUAAAUGGAAAAUGCAAUGGGCAAUUCUAAUUUUGUGUGUUUCAUGAAUGUCAUAACUAAAACUCCCUGCUUUCUUUUCCCACAAGUGCAUGUUAUGUGAUUUUGUUUGUUGCAAAGAAUAAUAAAAGUUUAUUUUGAA